UCCUUCACAACUCAAGCUUGAAGGACUAAAACAAGAUCUUGUAAGCUUGCUCUUCUUAUUAGGUCCUUCUUGCCUCCCUUUUUAAAGAAAACUUUGAUUGUUUCAAAAGCGCCAAGGAUAAUAUGUCUCCAGCAGCUGCCCCGAAAAACGCCAUCGAGUCGAUCGACGCCCCGAAGAGGGCGUACGUGACGUUCUUGGCUGGUAAUGGUGACUAUUGGAAAGGUGUAGUUGGAUUGGCAAAGGGUCUCAGAAAGGCCAAAGCCGCCUACCCUCUCAUUGUUGCUGUCCUUCCUGAUGUUCCUGAAGACCAUCGUCAAAUUCUCGAGUAUCAGGGUUGUAUCGUCCGCGAGAUCGAGCCUGUUUAUCCUCCGGAAAAUCAGACCCAAUUUGCCAUGGCAUAUUACGUUAUCAAUUACUCAAAGCUCAGGAUCUGGGAGUUUGUGGAGUACGAGAAGCUGAUAUAUUUGGAUGGGGACAUCCAAGUGUUUGAAAACAUAGACCAUUUGUUUGAAAUGCCAAAUGGAUACUUCUAUGCAGUGAUGGAUUGCUUUUGUGAGAAGACAUGGAGUAAUUCUCCACAAUACAAAAUUGGGUAUUGCCAACAAUGCCCUGACAAAGUGAAAUGGCCUGUGGAGGAAAUGGGAAAUCCACCACCACUUUACUUCAAUGCUGGAUUUUUUGUGUAUGAACCUGAUCUUUUCACUUACAAGGAUCUUCUUGAGACUUGCAAGAACACUACUCCAACAUUGUUUGCUGAGCAGGACUUCUUGAACAUGUACUUCAACGACAUAUACAAGCCAAUUCCUCCCAUUUACAAUCUCGUCAUGGCCAUGCUGUGGCGUCAUCCCGAGAACAUCGACGUCGACAAAGUCAAAGUUGUCCACUACUGUGCAGCGGGAUCGAAACCGUGGAGGUACACAGGAAAAGAAGAGAAUAUGGACAGAGAAGACAUAAAAAUGUUGGUGAAGAAAUGGUGGGAAGUUUACGAAGAUGAAUCUUUGGAUUACCAAAAUGUUCUCAAAUCUGAAACUAAACAAGAAACUAAUCUCACACCUUUGAUCUCUGUGCUGUCUGAGGCUGAAGUUGUUAACCACAUCACAGCUCCUUCCGCUGCUUAAAUAUAUAUGUAUAUAUAAUUAUAUUUAUAUAUAAAUUAAUAUAUAUAAAUAUAUAUAUACACAUAUUAUAUGUAUUAUAUGAGUGUUUAUGGUGUGAGCCAAAUAUUAAUUAUGAUGAGUACUAAUUAAGUGGGUGCUUAAUUAAUUAAGCUUUUAUGUAUAGUAGCUUUGGUACUGGGGGCUGUGUGCAACUCCCAACCUUGUUCAUGGCUACACUUUAAAUUUCCAAAUUUUAUGAAAUAAGGCUGGUUUUAUCUGCCUUUCCUUUU